AUGCCUGGUCGGAUUAUUCACGCUGAACACUUAGAACUAAAUCGCUUACUAAAGAACAAAUGUAAAUAUUAUUCCACAAGACGAAGUAUAAAUCCCACUAAUUAUAAAUCUACAGUUCUGACAGCUAACAUCCUGACAUUAUUUUAUUCUCUAAUCACUUUGGUUGUGAUCAAUGAGCUAUUUAUUGGCGAUAAGAUCUUUUGGCCUGUUGUACUAGCCUCAUCUAAUUCUGAGAUCAGUUUUAUUCAAAAUGAUUAUGAUGCAGAUAAGACAAAGUGUAUUCAGUCAUUAUUAGUUAAUCGGAAUCGAAUACCGGAUAAAGCUUUCAAUGCUACCAGUGAAGUACUUGAUCCUUCAGGUGCUAGGCGGUAUAAUGCACAUUCGAUUCGGAAUGAGAAUACAGAUUUUGCUUGGUGUCCAGGUAAACGUAUUGGUACAGAGUGUGAUGAAUAUAUCGAAGUGGAUAUGGGUGAAUUGAAUAUCAUUACUAAGGUUGUUAUAAGUGGAUUACUUGCUGAGGAUGGAGGCAGUCGUUAUACUCCAUAUUUUUAUAUUCGGUAUAAACGGGAACAGAAUGAAGAAAACUGGCGAACAUAUCGACAACUCCGUCCAACUAUUACUUCACGUCUUUUGGGUGGUUUAGAUGCUUUAGUGCCUAAAUUUGUGGUUCUCGAUCCACCGUUAAUAGCCCGUUGGAUUCGUAUCUAUCCAUAUCGUGAUCCUCCAGGUUUUGUGUGCAUUAGACUUGAAGCAUACGGUUGUCAAUUCUCAGAUGACUUAGUCGAAUACCGUAUACCUGAAGGAAGUCUUGCACAUCCUCCCUAUCAGGCUGAAACGCACUUAUAUAAAGUUCAAGGAUCAGAACUGUUCACAAAUGAAAAACAAAAUUUUAGUCAAGCUGGCGGCGGUCUUCCAUUUUCUGAUACAUGUUACGAUGGCCAUAGGAUUGAACCAGGUAGUCUGUUAAACGGUGGACUUGGUUGCCUUAUUGAUUUGAAUAUUGCCAAUCGUGAUGCAACUCCAUUCAUUCAACGAGGUUUGAAAGCCGACAAAUCAAUGAAUCAUCAGUUUGUUGGUUGGCAUCGAGAUCGAUGGAGAAGUUCACAGGAGAAAAAUAAUGAUGUUGUUGAUAUGCUUUUUCGUUUCGCUUCUAUACGCAAUUUUACAAGACUUCGAUUUUAUGUAUCUAAUAAUUAUAUAGAGAAGGUUCGUAUACCCAGAAGACUUGAAGUUAAAUUCAGUGUAGGUGGAGUACAUUUUUCCGGUCAGUCGCCGAUAUCACGGGAUUUUAAGUUAGAAAAUCGUAGUGUAGGUGUAUUCAGCAUUACUAUGGAUUUAUCUCAUCGAAUCGGUCAAGUUGUACAGUUGAAAGCAUUUUUUGCUGAUGACUGGUUACUAUUCAGUGAAAUACGUUUUGAAAGUGAAAAGGUGACUACCCCGGUAAAACUUGAUGAAUCGGCUGUGAUACCUGCAAAGUCUUCCAAUAAUCCAAUGAAUAAUAAAAAUAAAGAAGAGGAUGUUGUGAAUACAGAAAAUGGAGUUAAUACAAAAAGGUUCCGCCUCCGUCAAACGAUGCUAUAG